AUGAAGCCAUAUUUUUUCGUUGCCCUUCUCCUAGUUUAUUCUCUGGUGGAAUUUACGAAUAUAAAAUGUGAGUCUGUGGAUAAGGACUUUUGCGAAAUCGAUUAUUGUUUUCUGAAGUCUGUGAACCGGACGUACAAAUAUGUUUCCGUAAAAGUUAAAUUACUUAGGAUUCCCGUAACCAGAAUUAAGGUGAACUUCGCCGUAUACAAACGUUUAAAUGGCUACAAACCUUUUCUUUACAACCUAACAUUAGACGCCUGUAAAUUUUUGAAAGCUCCGAGAUCCAACCCCGUUGCUAAUUACUUCUAUAAUUUUUUCAAUAACGUUUCUAAUAUGAACCACUCUUGCCCUUAUGACCAUGAUAUUGUGAUGGAAAAAAUGACGUAUAGCAGUGUUUAUCAUCAAUUCUCAGAUAUACUGCCUUUUCCGGAGGGAAACUACAUGCUCGAAAUUCACUGGAAGGCCUAUGACAUCACUCGAGCUGUAACCAAAUAUUAUUGGUCCCUUUCGUGA